AUGGAAUUCUGGGACGCAUUAGAAGACUCUCAAUACCUGGAUGCCGUGGCAUCGAUCCGCGAUGGACCCAAGCCAAUCGUUCGGUGGGAGGUACCCACCACCGAUCAGCUUCAGGAAUGGGAAGGUCGUGUGCGAACGCGAAAGACAUUGACUUGCCAACCACAGUCAUCGGAAGAGGAUAGUGGGAAAGAUGACUUGGCAUCGGUAGAACCUCUCACUCUGGAUUGGUACGCAUCCUGUCCCAUUGGCUUUUACUUUUUCUCCUCCUAUGUCAAAGAUCAACACGCGUAUGCUACCAAGAAUAGUACUGCCAAUAAUAAUAGCAAGAAUUCUUCGGACCAGGAACAACAACAAUCUUCCAACACCGAGGCCGAGAGCAGCGGUAUCCCCGUGACUCCGGCGCGAAUGACGUCGACCAAAGCCGAUGAACUGGCGUAUAUUCGAAUGAACUUUCUCGAAGACAUGCUGCGCUUUCAAAGGGUCGCCAAGACGGCCCGACCGCCAUCGGAUGGCAACCGACCCAAACAGGUCCAACUCUACGUCGAGCUAUUGCUAGACUAUAUACAUCCUCCCAAGAAAAAUAGUGGAGAAGAAGAUGGUCCAGUCUUACCCAAAAUGACGCACAUUCGAGAACCCGACUUGCACAUGCCCCGGUGUAGUGCCACGAGACGGAUGGGAUUUGAAACACAGGCCGAAUUGGAAGCGGCUCUGACGAUAAAUCACGACGACAACUAUCAAACCAACCUAGUAGGGCUCAAGGGUCCUCUGUUGAAAGAAUUCAAGGGCGCCUUGGUCGAAUGGUUGGAACAAGUCAACAACAACCUAACAUCCAUGCACAAGGCCGAGUCGGAACCACUGAGGACCAGCAACAACAACAAUACUAAUAAUAGCGACGAGAAUGCAGCGCCCGUGCAGGAUCUGGUGGCCGAUGCGGCCAAAGCUUUGGAUGUUGGAGCAUCCGCGUCAAGCAGCAGUAUUCCACGUGCCGUGCUGAAACGAGGAAAGACGGAUGACACAGAGGCAACGCCAACAAAUAAAACCAGCAGUGGCAGCAAGCAAACAAAAAGCAAUGGCAACUUGAUAGCAGGACUGUUGCCAGUCAUGCACAAGGUGGAGGUACUCAUAUACGAGAGCUUGAAACGUGAUUACGAUGCAUUAUUUCAGGCAAAUUCGCAACCCUACAUGAGAAUGAGAAAUUUCCUCUGGUACCAAGAUCGCAGAGUCAUCCACGAUGAUUUUUAUGUCAUGAGGGUUUUGGGAAGAGGUGGAUUUGGAUUGGUCAGCGCCUGCCAAAAGGGCACGACGGGCAAGCUGUAUGCCAUGAAAGUUAUGAGCAAAAAGCGUAUCAAGAUGAAGAAAUCAGUUCAGUUUGUCAUGAAUGAGCGCAAAGCGUUGGCAGCGGUUUCCGAAAGUCCCUUUAUCAUCAACUUGAAAUACUCACUGCAUUCAGAUGACGAAGUUUAUCUUGUCAUAGAUUUGAUGGCUGGAGGUGAUUUGGGUUUUCAUUUGCAUCAAAGGAGGCGGUUCUCGCAGAAUCAGUGCUUGUACUAUGCUGCUCGCAUUAUGCUGGGUCUGCAAGCUUUACACGACAAACAUUAUGUGUACAGAGAUCUGAAACCGGAGAACUGCUUGUUGGCAGAAGACGGUCGAGUGAAACUCACGGAUCUGGGGUUAGCGACAAGAACCACACCUCAUCUUCCCUCGGGCGUGGUUGGAACCCGGGGUUAUUGGGCGCCCGAAAUGCAUAAACGCGAUGGCUCUGGGAAACGUGUUCCGUACAAUCAUGUCGUAGAUUGGUUCAGCUUCGGUUGUUGCCUUGCCGAGUUUAUUUCGGGGAAGAACCCCUUCCGUUCGGAAGCCGCAUAUAAGUACGGCGUCGAACGUGGAGAAAAGGACAAACACAAGGCGAUUGACAUAGCCAUCCGCGAAUGGGAGCCUGAGCUCAACCCCGAGGUGUUUCCUCCCGAUGCGGCUGACCUUUGUCGUCGCCUGUUUGAUAAAGAUCCCACGGCGAGACUUGGUGCUCAUGGCGGGAGCACGGAAAUAAUGGCCCAUCCUUGGUUCAAGUCAGUGGAUUGGGAAAUGGUCAAAACGGAUCGCAAGAAGCCUCCGUUCAUUCCUCCGAAAGAUGUCAAUGCUGCAUCUCAACACGAGAUUGGCAAUUUUCAAGACGACAACAGCAAGACUUCGAAAGAUGUAGCGUUUGACGAAUCCGACGAACGAGUGUACAGGGACUGGGAUUGGAUAAAUCCAAAAGCGUACGCCAUUGAGGUCAUUGAAUUCCUAGUCCACGAACGGGAUCUGGGAAGGCCGCUUCUGCCAGAAUCGCUGAGCCCCGACCUGUGUUGCUGUAACAUACUGUAG